CUUCGACCGGCGUGCACGUUGGGUCGUUAGUUAUCGCGAGUGAGUGUAGUGAGUGAGCAUGUUCGUCCGCGUCGUGGCCAUCCUCGCCACCGCGGCUUUGGCUCUGUCCGCUGCGCCCCCCGACCCCUGUUACGAAGACGGUCGACCAAGACGCUGCAUACCGGAUUUUGUUAAUGCAGCUUUUGGAAACCCGGUAUUAGCAUCUUCUAUCUGUGGAAAGCGCGGGCCUGAGCGUCUUUGCGAUCCACCUGGAGAUCAGAACCCAGAAAACGCGUGUCGAGUUUGCGAUGCUGCUAGGUCAGAUAGACGGCAUCCACCGGCUCAUUUAACUGAUUUGAACAACCCUCACGACGUGACCUGCUGGCGAUCUGCGGCACUGUCACCGGCAUCCUAUGAUUCGCCACCCGAUAACGUUUCUUUGACUCUUUCUUUGGGAAAGAAAUAUGAACUUACUUACGUCAGUCUUCAGUUUUGUCCCAAAGCUGCGAGACCUGACUCAGUGGCGAUUUAUAAAAGCGCGGAUUACGGGAUAACUUGGCAGCCCUUCCAGUUCUACUCGAGUCAGUGUAGAAGGGUAUAUGGACGGCCCAAUAAGGCGACAGUAACCUCGGCAAAUGAGCAGGAAGCUAGAUGCUCAGAUUCUCAUAGAUUAGGCGAGAAUUCUGGUGCAGCUAGAUUGGCAUUUAGUACUCUGGAGGGUCGUCCGAGCGCUGCCAACUUCGAUGUAUCACCGGUGUUACAAGACUGGGUGACGGCUACUGAUGUCAGAGUCGUUUUCAAUAGAUUACACAUGGUCAAUGAGGGCGAUGAGGUAGACAACAAGAAGCAGGCGGCGGCGGGUACGCAGCAUUACGCAGUUUCGGAUUUCGCGGUCGGUGGACGGUGUAAAUGUAACGGGCAUGCAUCCCGAUGUAUUCCUACAAAGGGCGAGGAUGGACAGACGAUGCAGCUGGCCUGUGACUGCAAGCAUAACACGGCAGGACGGGACUGCGAGCGAUGUAAGCCCUUCCAUUUCGAUCGGCCCUGGGGACGCGCUACGGCGAGAGAUGCUAACGAAUGCAAAGAAUGCAACUGUAAUGGCCACGCGCGUCGGUGCCGCUUUAAUAUGGAGUUGUACAAGCUGUCCGGUCGUGCGAGUGGCGGAGUCUGCCUCAAGUGCCGUCAUUACACCGCAGGAAGACACUGCCAUUACUGCCGGGAGGGGUAUUACAGGGACCCCACGAAACCUAUCACACAUAAAAAGGCCUGCAAACCAUGCGACUGCCACCCAGUAGGCGCGAGUGGUAAGACCUGUAACCAGACGAGUGGGCAAUGUCCCUGCAAGGAUGGAGUCACAGGGACCACCUGCAAUCGAUGCGCCAAAGGAUAUCAGCAGUCCAGGAGUCACAUCGCACCUUGCAUACGUAUACCUCGUGUCGUGACAGCAGUCCAAGCGAUGGAGGCGGUGGACGCGGAGCCGGGACGCGCGGAGCAGUGCGGCCGGUGCCGCGCAGGCGCGAGAACUCUAAACCUCAACAAGUUCUGCAGCCGAGACUACGUCAUAAUGGGUCGGGUGGUCGGUCGCGAGGCGGCGGGCGGCGAGGGAUGGGCGCGGCUGGCGCUGAGCGUGCAGGCCGUGUACAAGCGCGCGCCGCGCAGUCGCCUGCGCAGAGGGAACGUCGCCCUCUACGUCCGCAACGUAGACAUCGCCUGCAAGUGCCCCAAGAUCAAGAUUAACAAGUCCUACCUAAUCCUAGGAGUGGAAAAAGAGGGUUCGUCUUCUGGCUUCCCGGGCUUAACGGUCGGAGACAGGACACUGCUGCUGGAAUGGCGAGACGACUGGCACAGACGCAUCCGGCGCCUGCAACGACGCGCGAUUAAUUGUCAUUAGCCAUCUUGGAUUUGAAUGUUGCCAUAGCAACUGUCGAGAUAUGCAGCCUACAAAAUCGAAUGUUGAAUGGAUCCGUCUAUGUUCCGUGCAAAUAACUGCCAUUAUGCUGUCGAAAUAGUUCACCUAGUCGUUUGUAAGGUCGAUAGAUUUCUAGAUAUAGUUCUCGUCGAUUUAACUCGAUUUUUUAGGUAUGACAACAUUGUCCAACUCUUUGUUUUAUACCAAAAAGUUUUAAUACUUUUUCCCUUCCUAGGAUUUCGUUAUCACUUUGCAAUUAUCAAAGUAGUUACACUCUAUAACUUUUUGGUUGGUUAAUUUUAACUAUGUUGAUGAUUGUACUAUAAGUGACUUUUAAGAUUAUUUAUUGAAUUAAUAAUGAUAUUAUAGAUGCUAAAGUCUCGUUCCAUUUCAUGCAUUUUUGUAUAAUUGUUAUUUUAUAUUGAAAUGCGUAUGUUAAAUAUUGUUUUAGGUACUGGCAACUUUGGCGCGAGAAGUAAAUUUUUUGGCGCGUUUUUUGACAUUACGAAUGUAUAAUAUAGAUUAUAAGUUUUAAAAGUAAAUCAUAUCCACAGAUAGUCAUAAUGUUUUAACGUACCUCAUUUAUUAAGUACAUGUAAGGAUAGACUAAUUAGGGUACCUUUCUUAUGGCCUAUUUCCGCUAAUUUAUUGAGUUUCGACCACAUAUAUCUUGCCAAAGUAACUUAACGUUCUGUGUACUUAUAAUUUCUCUAAAAAUCUAAAACAAUAAUAUUAAUGCCUCAAAUUGUAUGUACAGUAUUAUUAGCUUUACUAAAAUAGUUAUAACAAUUUACCUUUUGAAAACGUAUACUUUUAAAUCCAUCGGGAUGAUGAAUAAUUUAAAUGGGAAUUCCUAAAUUACUAUGAGCAUAGUGUAUAGAGCUAAAGUACACUCGAGUAAUCAUGUACAAUUGAGACGUCAGAGAUACAGGUACAGUUAGGCACACAAUACAACAAAUCAUCUUGAUGGUUGAACAAUUUACAAUUAUCUAUUGUUGGUGAAUCGGUUCGGUCGAAUAAAUACCGCGGGCUCGUUACUAGAGCAUGCGAAGAUUUUGCUUGCUAUACUGAAUACGUAGCAAAUCCACAAAAAUCUGCCGUAAAUGUUUACACAAAAAUAACAGUUGAAUUCUUUCAUGAAAGCGAACUUUAGUACUCGUGCACUCAAAUUAUUUUUUAUCUAUGAAACUAUUUUAUAGUCUAUGAUAGACUAACAAAGUAUUACAGAAUAAAA